UCGGAUCGUUCCUGAGAGUGACACAUCAAGAUGGCGGAACGGGAGGAAGAGGUGAGGGGGUUUGUCGCUGUUACAGAUGUUGAUGAAGAAAGGGCCCGUUUCUUCCUAGAGUCAGCCGGCUGGGAUCUACAGCUUGCUCUAGCCAAUUUCUUUGAGGAUGGAGGAGAUGAUGAUAUUGCCGCCAUCCCUCAGCCAGAGCCCAGCUCUGUGUCUCGAUCCACAGGGCCAAGUGAACACAGAGUGACAUCCUUUAGAGAUCUGAUGCAUGAGGAUGAAGAUGAGAGUGGUGAUGAGGAAGGGCAGAGGUUCUUUGCUGGUGGGUCGGAACACAGUGGGCAGCAGAUUGUUGGUCCUCCCAAAAAGAAAAGCUCAAAUGAGCUGGUUGAGGACUUGUUCAAAGGUGCUAAGGAGCAUGGAGCAGUCCCUGUUGACAGAGCAGGAAAAGGACUGGGAGAAUCCAGCAAGUCCAAGCCUUUUGGUGGGGGUGGCUAUCGGUUGGGUGCAGCACCAGAGGAGUCAUCGACUUAUGUAACUGGAGAGAGGAGGAAGUCCAGUAGUUCGCAAGAUGUCGUUGUGGUGCUGAAACUCUGGAAGACUGGCUUUAGCCUUGAUGAUGGGGAGCUUAGGAACUACAGUGAUCCUGGAAAUGCCCUCUUCCUGGAGGCUAUCCGCAGAGGGGAGAUUCCUCUGGAAUUGAGACAGCGUUCCCGGGGUGGUCAGGUAAACCUGGACAUGGAAGACCAUCGGGAUGAAGACUUCUCCAAAGCCAAACCUGCAUUCAAAGCUUUUGCUGGAGAAGGACAGAAACUCGGCAGUGCAACGCCAGAGUUGGUGUCACUCCAAAGAACCCCGCAGGACCAGGCUGCCAGUGAAGCUCAGGCUAGUGCUUCCAUCAGUGUGGAUAGCUCUCAACCUGUCACCAGUAUCCAGAUCAGAUUGGCCGAUGGAGCCCGACUGGUGCAGAAGUUCAACCACACCCACAGGGUGUCAGAUGUGCGUCAGUUUGUGGCAAGUGCUCGCCCAGCUUUAGCUGCAGCAGAGUUUGUUCUCAUGACGACCUUUCCCAACAAAGAGCUGAUGGAUGAGAGUCAGACGUUGAAGGAUGCCAACCUGCUGAAUGCAGUCAUUGUGCAGCAGCUAAAGUGACAAGUGUCAUCUAGUGGCCUGGCUCUGUAAAAGCACUCUUGAGUUUUCCUUGCCUCUGAGUUAGAGACACCAGGACUAAAAAGACUUCGAAUUAAUUUUGUUUUCUUUAGUGAUGUGUUAUUACUCUGUGGCAGUUUCGUGGGCACUGGGUACUUCUGGUUGAAUAUAAUGGAGAUGAGAGGGAAGCAAUCACACUGCGAUAAAGUUUAAGGGUAUGAAGAGAGAGGAACGAAGUGGAGAUCUAAAAUUUUUUACUAUUUUAGGAUAACUGAUGAUCAUAUUCAGAUUGAAAUAAAGAGCUUUCUGAAGAGUUUUGACAUUCUUUUACCUCUGUGUUUAUCUUGCAGCUAUCUGCUGUUUCGUGUUCAGUUUUUUGGUCUCCUUGUGUCUUUCCUCUGUCUAUUCCCUCUCAACAUUUCUCAGAACUGUCUCAUCAAAACAAAAGUAGCCUUAGAUUUUAUCCCCUUGCAGAGACACUGACCUCAAAGAUCAAGAAUAACCUCAAUUGUCUACAACAAAAAUGUUUAAACUUGAUUUUCUUUUUCAUUUUUUUUUUUUACAUGAUAUUAUAAUUUUUUUAUUAUGUUUGCCUGAUUAUACAGUAAUUAUAUACAAUAAAGUUAUUAGUUGGUUGGUUAACAACCAACUUCAGUUUUGGAAGCUGUUGCUGGUUAACA